UUCCUCUCUGGUUGCCCAGGAAGCCUCUCCAGGAGCCUCUCCUAAAGUGAUGCCUUUAUCCAAGGCCACAGAAGCUCCUGAAGCCGGAGGUGCACGUGGCCUGUGCCGUGGAAUUUCCAACCACUAGUCUAACUUCCAAAACCUAAGGACCAAAUUGGACUUGGUCCCUUCUGCAAACGAGGGCAGCUGCAGACCCACAGUGGGGUGGGAAGGGCCCAACUUGGAAGCUGCAUGUGAAGCAAUUCCUGUCCUCCUGCCUCAGUUUCUCUUCCUUGUAAAAUUAAGGAAUACAGGGGUGGAAUGCUGGAACACAGGAGAGGUUAACUCAUUCUUGCAGGAGAUAAGGAGAUGCCAAACAUUCAGUGCUCCAUGAGGGUAAUUCUGUGUCUCCAAACUCUAUCCUUCCCCAUCUUAAAUGUUUCACCUGCAGAUCUUUCCAGCCCAGCUCUGCCCUGGGCUGUGCAGCCCUUGCCCCAGUUCUGCCAAAUUUCAGAUUGCACAAGCCUGGCUGAGGGCUGAGGGCAUUGUCCAGAGCUCCCUACCCCCACCCUCAUCCCAUGUUUGCUUUCUGUUUCCACAGCAGGAUUUGUUCACCUGCAGGAAAACAAGGCACAGCCCCCCAUGGGAGGGACUCCAGCCCCUCCUUCCUGGAGCAGCUGCUGCCAGGCUCUGCUUUCCCACUCUUUUUUGGGACAGAAAAGCCUGACUGUUGCACCAGACGGAGGGUGAAGGUCAGGGCUGUGCUGACAUUGGACACUGGCCAUCCAAGGAGGGGAAAAGUCAGAGCUGUGGCCAGUGGCAAAGGGCACAGUGUGAUGCCAGAGCCGAGCCCUCCCUCUGCUCCAUCUUUCCCGUGUCCUACUCCCUGUCCAGGUGCAGCUUCUUCCCCACCUUUGCCCCCAGAGGAGCGUGAUCACCAUGUGUUCCUAUCCCCUUGCUUAACACUUGGACUUGAUGACCUUAAAGGCCCUUUCCACUCUAAAUAAGCGAUCCUAUAACUUGGCAGGGCUGUCACUCUUCCCCAGGGAUUGCAGGAUCGUGCUCUGAUCCCAGCACUCCACUGCAGGACCUUCACCCGGGCUGGAGAGAUGUGCCGAGUCCAGCUGAAGCCCCCGGGGGUGUGAGGAAGGCAAAGGCAGCACGGCACGAUGCCUUUGGCAGAGCGGGUCCUCCUCCGCCCGGCCACCAUGGGGCUGCUCCUGCACAGCCUCCUCCUCCUCCUCCUCCUCCUGGGCUGCUGCCUCCGCCCGGCCACCGCCUUCCCCAAGGGCUGCUACCCCUCGGAGGAGGAGGGGCUGAAGACCUUCCGCUGCAGCAACGCUCGGCUGACCGAGGUCCCCAGAGACAUCCCCAACGACACCAACAAGCUCUACCUGGACUCCAACCGAAUCCCCUUCCUGCCCCGCGACGCCUUCCGGGACCUGCCGCUCCUGCUGGAGCUGGACCUGUCCCACAACGCCAUCGCCAGCGUGGAGAGCGGGGCUUUCCGGGGCCUGGCAGAGCACCUGCACUCCCUGGACUUGUCUUCCAACAGGCUGGUGUCGGUCAGCAAAGACGCCUUCAGCAACCUGAAGGCCAAGGUGAACCUGUCCAACAACCCGUGGCUGUGUGACUGCCGGCUGCAGGAGCUGAUCCGCACCGUGGAGCUGGUGGCCGGAUCCUCGGGCGGCAUCGUCUGCGACUCCUCGGCGCAGGAGGAGCACGUGGGCAAAGCCUUCCUGCAGGUCAUCGCCGACACGGACUUCUGCAACGUGUACAAGAAGACCACGGACAUCGCCAUGCUGGUCACCAUGUUCGGCUGGUUCGCCAUGGUGAUCUCCUACCUGGUGUACUACGUGCGGCAGAACCAGGAGGACGCCCGGAGGCACCUGGAGUACCUCAAGUCGCUGCCCAGCAAACAGCGGCGCUCGGAGGAGUCGUCCACCAUCAGCACUGUGGUGUGAGCACCGGCAUCCUGCAGGACACGGGGACGCACAGGGCUGGGGAACAGCCACUCUGGGGGCUCCUCAUGGCUGCAGGAGCUGUCACAGCCACCGGCGUCGCACAGAGAUGCUCACGGAUUUGCCCCAUUCUCCUCCUGGCAGCGGGAGCCGCGGCCGGUGAGUCCCUGGCUCUGGUGGCUGUGGCCAGGGAUGGAUAUCAGCCACGAGCACAGAGCAUCCACAGUGUCCUCCCAUGUUAUGGAGGACCUGGAGCAUCCCCCUGGCAUGUGGCCAUUGCUCCGACCAACCUGGACGUUCGGACCUCAUGUAAAACUUUUGUAUUUCCUUCACAGAGAUCCCUUGGGGCAUUAACGGAAUCGGUGUUUCCAUCCCUCACAGGCUGGCCUGGGCCUGGCUCCUUGCUGGGAGGGCAGUGGGAAGGAGCAGGAGGUCUGUGAGGGCAGUGCCCUGCUGGGUCAUCGACCCUGGGGGGUCACGGGCUGUGACUGCAGCCAGUAGGACCAAAGGAUGGGACAGGAACUGGGGAUACCCCGGCUGGGAGAGGCCAGAGGCAGCUCCAGCUCCAGCUCUUGUGUGGGUUGUGCCACCCCAUCUCCCAUUUCGGCCCCUGCUGCUCCCUGCUCCCUUCCCAGCACCCCCAGGCCAGGUGGGGCAAGAGGCGUGGGGGUCCCCACCCAGAGGAGGGGUCACUGGUGGGCAAACCCAGAACCUUCCCCCUUGGAAUGUGGGGAAUAAGAACCAAAUGGGGAAUGAGCUCCCCAGGGCAGAGCCCUCUGGGGCCACCAAGGGGUGUGGGUGCUGAUGGAGGGGAACUGAGGGGUCCAGGCAGUAGGUACAGCCCUGCUGGGAUGUCGAGGGGAGCAGUUGCCCCUCGAUGCUCCCCAGGGACCACGGGGGUGGGUGUUUGCAGCACCCUCACCCCCUGCUCCCCUCGGCUGCCGGAGGGGAGUUCCCACCUCACAAGCUGCCGACCAGUCACUGUGAUGGGAAGUGGGAUGGAAGGAGCCACUGUGGCUCCUCCGCCCUCUCCCCACUCCCGCACCACUGGCAGGAGCCUGAAUCUCCCCUAAAAAUGCUCCAGAGUCCCUUUUGGGCACUUCCAGUAUUUGGCUGCAGGUUCCCUGUGGAAGUGGUGGAGGCAAGGCUGGGCACAGGGCUGGCACAGGAGGGGGUCUGCCCACUUUUAUGUGUGCAGGGUCCAAGUGGCGACUCAGAGCAAAGCCAGAGCAGAUCCAGACUCUUCCACCCACGUGUCUGGCCCCUGGGAGAGCUGGUUUCUGCUGGUUUUGGCCUUUUUUUAAACCAACUGAAGAUAAAUUGCCUUAAUUCACCAAGAGCACCAACCAAAGCUGCUUGAACCUCCUCUGUACCGGGCCAGACCUGGCCCAGCCUCAGCCCCUGGUGUGGGCAGCGGGUUUUGGCACAGGCAGGGCUCCAGCCCCAGCCCCUGCCCGUCCUCCCAGUGCCAUGGGGAGCCGUGGGAUGGAGCCGGCCGGGAGCAGUGCCCGCACCUUCCACAAGUGCCUAAUUCCAGCGCAGACCAGGAGCUCUGCAACGCACAAACGCCUUGGCCCCAGCUCCCAUCUGGGCGUCCCCGCAGCCCCACGGCAGCUCCUUCCCCCUCUACAACUGGCUGCGGACAAGAGGGGCUGGGGGGACCCCCCGAGGCCCCCCGGGCUGCUCCCCCCGGGCAGUGUGGGGGCCACCGGGACCGCCUGACCCAUCCGUGUUUGGUUUAAGGGACCUUUUAUGUUCUCACUUUAUACGACAAUAA